CAACCAUCGCGACCAUCGAAAAAAAAAACGAAUACAUCAUGGGUAAUUUCAAGAAAGAAGCCAGUCGGCGAAAGCGGGAGAAGCCCAUCGGAGACGGCAUGUCCAAUGUCAAACUCAAAGGCGAGAAUUUCUAUCGCGACACAAAGAAGGUGACGCGCCUGAACACUCUAAAGGAAGGCAAACCGAUCCGGAACCGCAACGGCGACAUAAUCAAGGCGGCUUCAUUCCAAUCGCGCGAGGUCCCGUCCGCGCGGGUCGAGCCGAACCGGAAAUGGUUCGGCAAUACUAGGGUGAUUUCGCAGUCGGCGUUGACCAGCUUCCGGGAGGCGAUGGCGGCGAAGGCGGCGGAUCCGUAUCAGGUGUUGCUCAAGAGCAACAAGUUGCCCAUGUCUUUGUUGAAGGAUGUCGGGAAGAAGGUGCAUAGCGCCAAAGUGCAUGUCGAGACCCAGCCGUUCGCUGAGACUUUCGGGCCUAAGGCUCAGAGGAAGAGGGUUAAGUUGCAGGUUGCCGGGUUGGAAGAAUUGGUUGGGGAGAGUGAAUUGUUGGAGGUCAAGUACAAGGAGAAAUUAGAGACGGAGCUGUUGCUUUCUGGGAAGAGUGCCGAGGAGAAGGAGGAGGAGGGAUGGAUUCAGGAGGCGAGGGAGCCGAUUUUCUCGAAGGGGCAGAGUAAGAGGAUUUGGAAUGAGUUGUCAUUGAUUCUUCUGAUGUCCGUGGAAAAGUACAUCAAAGAAGAGGCCCCCCACAAACAUUUAAUAUUCGUCUUGAAUAAAUGCGAUCUAGUUCCCACUAGUGUUGCGGCUUCAUGGGUUCGCCGGUUGUCAAAAGACUAUCCGACUCUUGCCUUCCAUGCGUCUAUCAAUAACUCGUUUGGGAAAGGUUCUUUAAUUCAGCUUCUUCGCCAGUUUUCUGCUCUACAUUCGGAUAGGAAGCAAAUUUCUGUUGGCCUCAUUGGAUAUCCUAAUACUGGGAAAUCCUCUGUCAUAAACACAUUGCGCAAGAAGAAAGUCUGUACAGUGGCACCUAUUCCCGGGGAGACAAAAGUCUGGCAGUACAUUACUCUUAUGCGCCGUAUCUUCCUGAUCGAUUGUCCUGGUAUCGUCCCUCCUUCAGCCACAGACUCUGAGACGGAUAUUCUUCUCAGAGGGGUAGUAAGAGUAGAGAACGUAUCAAAUCCGGAACAAUACAUCCCUGCCGUCUUGGAAAAGUGCAAGCGACAGCACGUCGAGAGGACUUAUGAAAUUAAGGGUUGGACCAGUUCUCACUCGUUCUUGGAAUUGCUUGCCCGUAAGGGUGGAAGACUCCUUAAAGGUGGUGAGGCGGAUAUGGAUGGUGUUGCAAAGAUGGUCUUGAACGACUUUAUGAGAGGGAAAUUACCUUGGUUCACUGCCCCGCCUAAGGACGGGGAGGGCGAGAAUAACAAUGUUGGUAUUGAUCUUGCUGGUAGAGAGGGCAGACUUGGUGAAAUGAGGAGGAAACGUACUGCCUCGGACAUGGAGAACACCGCGGGUGGAGAUGAGGAUCAGGAGGAUGGCGAGGAGGAAGAAGAAUGGGGCGGGAUUCAAGAUCCUGAAGACGAAGAUGGUGAGGGUAAAGAAAGUGAAGAAAGUGAAGAUGAUGGUGAUUAUGAGGCAGGCUCUGAUGGUGGUGCUACUCUGGUUGCUGAGCAAGAUACCGAAGACGAGAGCGAGCCGGGGGAAGAGGUAGAGGAGCUAAAACCGGAUAUUAAGCUUUAAACAAGUUUAUAGAAGCGCAGAACGCGAGGGUAAUUAUGGGCAAAGGCGUACUGUUUGGGUAUAGUUUUUGUGCUGCACUGUACGGUACUUGAGUAAUAUAGGUUGCUGGUCGUACAAAUAUAAAAUAGUAAUGUCCAUCG